AUGCGCCGCCAUUGUCUUUUUCGGGGAGUGCUUUUGGCUGUGGCCAUCAUUCCUACUGUGGUCUAUCUUCUUCUGCCCCAAGGCAUCCCAGCGCUGGACGCAGUUCUGGGCAAAUUCAUCAGCGUUCGACGAGUGGAUGUUUUUGACUUCCACGACACCAAAGAUGAGGAACGAUGCCUCAACCUCAACCGGGGGAUCGUUUCGACGGACGCCAUCCCUAAGGUCGUCCAUGUCAUUUGGCUCAAUCCAGAACUAACCUUCAUCAACUACCUCACGGUCAGAUCUGCCCUCAUAUCGAUCAUGCCAGACAGAUUAUUGUUCCACUACACCACUCUCAAUGAGACCAAUGAGUGGUUUCGCAAACUGCACGGCAAUAUCACUCUUGUUCGCCAUGACCUCGCCCAAGAGUAUCCGCGUCAAAUCAGAGAGAACUGGAACAUCGCCCAUGUCGCUGAUGCUCUUCGACUCGACAUCAUCCAACAGUCCGGGGGGAUCUACUUCGACAUGGAUAUGAUAGUUCUCCGCUCUUUUGACAACAUACUGCAAAGUGACCGAGAUAUGGUGCUGGGCAACGAAGGUGGUGAUCGCCGUGGGCUCUGCAACGGAGUUAUCAUUGGUCGCAAAAACUCGUCUUUUAUCAAACGCUGGAUCGACAGCUACAGUAGCUUCUCCCCCAAAGAAUGGAACUAUCAUUCGGUUGUUUACCCAAAACUGCUGUCCCUAUGGUAUCCGCAAGAGAUUUGUGCUUUGUCACCUGUGGCUUUCUUCUGGCCAACCUGGACGAAGAGGCAUGUCCAGUACAUGUACGAGCCGAUUACCGAGCAGGAAGCUGAGGACCUGCAGCAUACUCUUGCAAUCAAUGAAGGUAGCCUUUACCCGAACCAGCUAGCUUACCAUGCCUGGAGUCAUUCAGCAAGGGUAUACCUGGAAUCGCUCACCCCAGAGAUUGUGAAGACGCGGAACACUCGAUUCAAUGUCUUAGUGCGGCGCUUUGUGGAUUAG